AUGGGAACCACUGGUCAACCGUUCACGAUGGCACUUUAUGGCGGAACACCUCACGGCUUUGCUACACAUCCUGAUCUCAACAAUCCUGUGCAAAAGGCUGCGAAAGAAGAUGCUUUUCUCCAAGCGGUUCGCUUCUUCGAGACAUGGUUAUGA